AUGCACUUCAUGAGGAGGCAUUUGACGAAAAGUGUUAACAGAGCAACCAGCUCACCUAUAUCUUUUGACUGUCGCAGACUGCUAUCAUUGUUCAAUCAGUACGUACAAGCUCAAAACAAUGACGAUAAGGAUACUAUUUUAUAUAACACACUUCCAUACUUCUGCAAGGUUUUUCACGAUGCCCAACCCGUGGACUUUGUUGAUAAAUUCCCAGAUAUACAUAUAUUUUGUGCACGUGUCUCGCAAUUGUUUGUGCGUGAAAUUAAGGCCAGAGCGGCGAACAAGUCUUCAGAGGAAGGAGGCCUUACUAUUGCCCAAUUUCUUGAGCCAGAUGAGAACGUUGGGGACUGUCUCGAAGUUACUGACUAUGAACACGCUGUAAUUACCAAUAAAGGGUCAUAUCUACUAAACUCUUUAAAUUUAAUGAGCACUGGACAUACUAGUUUAAUUGAAUGCAUGGCAGCCGCUUCAGUACCAUCUACAUUGGUCAAAUGCUUGUACAUAUUUCUUGAUCUUCCUGAGAAAUAUUCCACUCGGUGUACAUUCCAUACAAAGUUUCGAGAACUACUUCAGCGGCUCUGUUUGUAUCCCGUAGUAGCCGAGGAAUUGGCUCGUAAAGAUGCUUUAUGUCAUCUUUUCAAUGCUCUAACAGAUUGGUGCGCACUUCAUAAUGCCUCUUGGCGAGUGACAGCCACUGUGGUAUUGUCUACAAUUGCUCAGAAUUCUCUGACUCCUGUUGUAACAAAGUGCAUACACGACUCGGAAUGUAUUCGUCACAGUCUCAAGAAUCUCUCUGAAAGCAAGUCAGGUUCGAAAGAUUUUGUGAAUAGUUUUGUCUCACUGCUUCAUGUUGUUCGAGAAUCAUCUACUGAUGACCAGAUUCUUUUGGAUGAUUUCCGAAGCAAUAAUGGAUACCUUGUACUUAGCGACUUCUGUCUCAAACUUGAGGAAAAUCGAUCUCCAGACUCCGAAAACUCCUUAAAAACUCUUGUGGCUCUUGUUGGUCAUCUGGCGAUAUGUGGCUCAGUAGAACUUCGUCCUAAGGCAGGGGCUGGAGAACAAAUCCACAAAAUUCCAGGGUUUCACAUUUAUAUGCCGAAAACCGAAGCCAGAAAAAGUGUGCGUAACAUGUAUGCAUUUGAUGUAUUACAAUCGCUGUUCAACAGAUCUUCAACAAAUCAUCUUAGUUUACUAGUUUUGAAGACAGUCCAGUCAAUUUUUCUUCAGGAUUUGGCAAAUUAUUUCAUUUUAGAACAACAAAAUAUAUUGGUUGUCUUUGCCAAAAAAAUAUUUGAAAAAUCAUAUGAAAUCCAGGAGGCCUAUUUUGAUUUACUUGAAGCACUAGUGAACAAAUUACACUAUGUAUUCAUGAAAGAAAUCAGUAGUAUUGUCGUUCAAAUGAAACUAUUUAAUUUAUCCCCUUCUCUGGUUAUUGCCUAUCGUCACUUUAUUCAACUUCUACGAAUCAGUCCAGUUUUUAAGGAUGUAUUUCAUGAUGUUGGAUUAAUUGAAUUGAGCAUAGAUCUACUAAAUUAUUUGAUUGAUAAAAUGGAGACCUUUUGUAACCCUUCUACAACUUCUAGUGCCUCAUGUUCAUUGGAAUUACUCAAAGAGAUUAGCGAUUAUCUUUUUGAAUUUUUACAAUGUACCGUUACUUCACAUGUACAAAAUGGUGACGUAUUUAUUCGUUUAGGCGCUACUAAUUGCUUGCUAAAUCGUAUACUACAUACAAACGCUAAAAAACAUAUCAUUCCUUUACGUUCAUCUGCGUUGAUGAUUUAUGAAGAAUUAAUGCUUAAUAAUGGUGGAGAAGAGCUUAUGCCAAAUUUAUUAGAAAAUAUGCAUCAUGCUUAUGCUGAUUUAAAAAUUAAUAUUUUAUGUUCGUUUUGUCGAGUUUUACGUGAAUCACAUAGAUGCAGAACAGUUUUUCGUAAACUGAAUGGAUUUGUCUAUGUGAUGCAAGAAUUAAUUUAUUUAGAAGGUUGUUUAAACUUAUUUACAUCAAUUGUCAAUUCCUUUCAAUUAUCCAAGAAAGAAUCAUCAUCACCAGCGAAACAUGUAAUCUCAUCUACAGAAUCUAGUCCCCAACAUCAACAUUCUCAUUUAUCGCGUAAAACAUUUUUGUCAAGUCUAACAUAUCCUCAGUUAUUUCUUUUGAUUAAAUCUAUCUUUUGCAAUUUGGGAAUUGCUAUGAAAUUUGAACCAUCCAACGCUCAUUAUUUUGUGACUGAGAUUCAAUAUACGACUUUAACUGAUGCAAUUCUAUCUCUUAGUUCAAAUAAACAACAAAUUGGUACAUUCCAUAUUAAUUCGUAUAAUCAAUUCAUAUCUAUCAACAUAAAUGAACUAAUGAAUGGGUUCAAUGAUUCAAUAUAUCACCAAACAAGAAGUAUAAGAUCGAAAUAUUUAUAUGCUUUAUUUAUGAAUCUUAAAUUAAUGGAAUCAUUGUUAUUAUCCUCUUCUUCAGUACAAACAUCUUUGAAUAAGAUAAAAAUGGAACAUAACAAGAACGAGAAUAACACUUUAGACAGUUAUCUUGAUAUGAAUAAAUCCUCCCCUGAUAUCGUUGUUAAUCUACCUAGACGAAUUGUUGAAUGGUGUCUUAUUUUUAGAUAUUUUUAUGAUUUAGCAAUCGAUGCCUAUGAUCGAGAUUCUGUCCGUUCAAUUUUAUUGGAUAAAAAUGUGGAUUUUUCGACUCUUCAUCCUAAUAAUAGUGAUAUAACUCUCACUGCAACUGUUGGGAAUAACGAUAAUACUGUUGGGACUACUAAAUUACCUAUUAAUAAUAAUAAUAAUAACAAUAAUAAUAAUAAUAACACAACAUCGAAUGUAACAGACAUUCUCAUUAUACAUCCAGAUGCAGUUAUUAGUCUCUUAAAACUUAUUGCUGAUUUAAGUGAAUAUUUAAAUUACGAAUUUUAUCAUCCAUCGUCGGAUGAUGGUGAUUAUGAUCUGUGUAUUGAUUUUCAAAGUUGUUUAUUAACUGUAAUCACUGAUUUGUUACACAGUGAACGUAAUCAACAAUUAAUGUGUAAUGUGUAUAUGCCUCGUGAAAUUCUUAAUUUAUUUCGCAAACCAUUAGCCAAUGAUAAUCAUCCAUUACACGAUCAAAUUCGUGGCCUUUUUGAAUGCUUAGCCAUUCAGGCUUUAACUCCUAAUGAUCUUCGUGAAUUUCUUCGGCUUUCUGAAACAUUGUCAAAGUUAGAUGCCAGUCUAAUUUAUCCUGCUGAAAAUAAUAAUUUAUUGAAUUCAUUAUUUAGUUUAUCAGAUGAAGCAAAAAUUUUACGAUCCAAAUCUUUAUCAUUUCGUUUAAAUCCAUUGACAUUAAGUCAGAUUAAAUGUCUCAUAGCUAUGUCAACACCAUCUCAUGUAGAAUUUAAUAAACAAAUUAUCCGACGUGAUUCACGUAUUAAUUAUUCUAGUGUCCGAUCAAGUUCACCAAUGAAUUCAGAAAUCGGUCUAUCUAUAUCACCCCCAUUCGUUGAAUUUAAUAUGUCUACUGAAGGAUUUGGUUGUUUAUUUUUACCAUCAAUUGCACCACAAGGAUCAUCUUCAGUUGCACAUUUAUGCGGAGCUGUUUCCGCUAAUUCUUUAGGGAAUUCAGCUAAUAGUUCGACGAAUGAUAUGAAUGCAGGAGGGGGUGUUGGGCCAGGAGAACGCUCAUUUCCUCCAUCCUGUGGAUUUACAUAUUCUGCAUGGGUUUCCGUAUCACAAUUUGAUAGUGUAACAACUAAUUCUUAUGAUAUUGAUUCUAUGAAACAAUCAUUUCAACAACCACAAGCUGUACAUUUAUUGACGCUUGUACGAGGAGUUCAGAGUGUCAAUGAUCAAUUAGUAUUUCUACGAAUCUAUAUACAUCCAGUCAAUCAUUAUUUAGUCGUUUCCACUCAAGAACGACUUUUACAACCAGGUCAGUCUUGUGAUCUAGAUAUAGAUUGUUCUACCUUGUUGACUAAUAGCAAUAAUAACAAUAAUAAUAACACAGAUCAGUUCACAACUAUCGAAUCAGAUUCAAAUAUGAAAAAUGCGAUUGCAACUGGUACAUGCGCAGUGUUCCCAUGUGGUUUCCCACCAAAUAGUUCUAAUGACUGGCCUUUAGAUGUUUGGCGUCAUGUUGUAGUGGUAUUUAAUCGUGCUGGAAUGAUCAAAACUAGUUCAUGUAGUUUAUAUCUAGAUGGUCAUUUUAUUGGAAGUCGUCGGGUCACUUAUAUCGGGGCGUCUUCAGCGUCGAGUGCACUUGGACGUAAUAUUAUGCCUUCAUCACUAUGCGGUUUUGUUGGUACACCUGCCUCUAUGCGUAGAUCUAGCAAACUGUUAUGGAAGAUAGGACCAUUUCAUUUUAUUGAAGAACCAUUAACAGCUAAUCGUAUUGCUGUCAUGACUAAACUUGGACCAAACUAUAUGGGUAGUUUUCAAGCCAUACCUUCGAUGCCAUCAUUUGUACGACCAGAUGUGGAUGAGUCAAAUUUUCCGUUAUUUUCAGAAGAUAAACUUGUCUUUGGAAUAUAUGCUUGUAAUAUAUCAACUCUUACGUUAAGCAGAAUUCGUAAAGUUUAUAAUCAGUGUGAUGCCAAAGCGAUAGCACGACAAUUUUAUUUAUCACCUAAAGAGAAUGCAACACCUAUACGUAUUUUACGUAAUUCAGCCUUACAUUUGAAUGGUUCAGCUAGACCACUUGGUGCUGUACUUGUUGGAUAUCAAGGUGUUCGUACAUUUACUCCAAGUCCCGUUUGUCGUCUAGUUCAUUGUGUAACAGGUGGUGAAGGAAUGCGAAUUAGUUUAGCAUUAAUUGCUAUGGCACAAGAUGUUGAAACGUUGUAUGCAUCGAAUAAAGCAGCCUGUACAUUGAUCAAAUGUAAUACAGCUGCAUCGAUUGAAAUGUUACGAACUAGUGGUUAUCAAAUAUAUGCUGUUUUAUUGCGUCGUAAACGUCAUCUACUUACUACUAGAAUCUUGGACUCUAUUCUCAGUUUAGCAUUGAAUAUGAAUUCAUGGACCGAUAAAUCUCCUAUAUCACUGACAUAUCCCUCCGUUGAUUAUCCAGCUUUUGAAGAUUUAGUCUGUGAUCUUGAUUUAUGGCGUAUUGAACGUGAAUUAACUAACGAUGCAGAUAUUCGUAUUCGACGUAGUGCAUUGAUAAAUGGACAAACAAUUAAUAAUGAAUUAAUCGUUCACCACCAGCACGAACAACAGCAACGUUAUGAUGAGAGAACACAUUUUAUCGAAGAUGAUUAUCAAUUAGUAGCUAGUCUUAUAUCGCAUUUAAUUGAGCUAUUACCAAAUCCAUUACCAAAACCAGAUCUACCACAUAAUGAUAAUACUAAUGGUAAUAAUAAUAAUAACAAUUCAUCAAGUGAUGUAAUAAAUUCGACUACAGGGAGUAAUGAUAAGUCUGAAUUGAUAAUUCACCCUAUAUGGAAUGUCAUCUUUGAUCGUGUUAUUUAUCUAUUAAUGAAUGCACAUUCAAAUUGGACACAAGGAAAUCAUAGACAUCAUUUAGUAAUUGAUGUAGUUGGCCGAGUGAAUUUCAUUAAUUCAUGUCUUUCAUUUAUACAAUUAUGUUUAUCGACAUAUGCGUCGUCAAAAUGGUUUUUACGAUUUUGUCAAUUAAUUGUUUGGACUUUACCGACUAAUUCACAAACAAAUGAAACGUUUAUUUCUCUUGAUCAAUCCUACAUACAAACAUCAAAUACUGAUGGUUCUGAUGGGAUACCUAUGCUAUCUACUGAAUUGUUACGAUAUCUUAUCAUCUUGAGAAAUCGUUGUUUGGAAUCACUGAUUCAUUUGAUUAUAGAAAAGAAUGGCAUAAAUGAAAGAUUUUGUAGUGAAUUAUUAGGAGCAGUGGGUUUUGAUUGGUUCUAUUUACUGUUACGCCCAAAUAUACAUUCGUCUACUAUUUCCUAUGCAUUACAUUUAUUAUUAAUAAUAAUUUUAAAUCCUGGUCAUUCAAUCACUUCAAAUUCUACGGUAUUACAACAAAAUUUAUCAUUUAUCCUAACACACAUGGAAACAAAUUCUGAUUCUUCAUUCAAUGAAUCAUUGCCCACUACAACUAAUCUUCAGAAAUGUUUAGAAAAUGAUUGUAUAAUUGCUUUUCGACUAGGAUGUCCUGCUGGACGAUGGUUACGUGGAUGUGAGAUUUUAUUAAAGAAACGGCAUGGUCUGUUAAUUGAUAAUUCCAAAAGUUUAACAAAACGUAAACCUCCACUUCGUUAUACUGCGGCACUCCGUGAUCUGAAAUUAUCCACAUGUCAACAACCAGGAUUCACUAUGCUGCAAAUAUUACUGCCGUAUCAUUUAAAUUUAAUUGAAACAUUCUUAUUCCUAUUUGCUCUACUAUUAAAAAUUCCAGUACUAUGUAUGCCAAAAGAUGUAAAGUUUGAUUUCGAUACAUUUUAUUCCUUCAUUGCUUGUGAAAACAAUUGUAUCUCACCUACAAUAAUAAAACAUGAGAUAGUAAAUUCUGUUGGUUCACCAGUUAAAACUAAUCGUUCAACUCGUUCUCCAUCAUUCAUUUCAUCUUCUAAUGUUGUUAAAUCUAGUGGAAAUCGUUCAGGUAAUGCAUAUCAUACUCCAAAUAUUAAUACAAUGAUGUCAAAAUCACCUGUACUUCCUUCAAGGAAUGCAAAUGUAAAUACAUCAUUUAUGUCUCAUUCAUUGAUGUCGUCAAUACCAUCUACAUUUGUAGGCAAUAAUUUAACAGGAUCUAUUGUCAAUCAAAAUUCAAGCCAGUCCGUAUGCCCUGAAGCUGGUACACUUAUCUUGCAGCUUAUUCGUUUGUUAAUUUAUCAGCCUGAAUCGUUGCAGGGUUUAAAAAUAACAGAAUUCACUAAUCUUGUAGAGAGUAAAACUCAUAAUCCAUUAGAGAACAUAGAAUCUGCUGUCGUUAUGCUUAAAUUUAUGAUUUAUCUGUAUCACUCGAAACCGGCAAUUCGAUUAGUUUUCACAACACCAGGUCUAUUAAUUAAUUUAAUUGGAUUACUUAUUCCUUUUACAAAUACCAACAAUGAUCCAUCUGUAUAUUCCAGUCCUUUAAAACGUUCAUUGUCAAGUCAUAAAAAUCUUGUCGAUCAAUUAUUAUCAUUUUCAUCAUCAUCGAUACAAUCGUCAAGAAAUUCAAUCUAUCAAAUCAUAUUAGAUUUUAUUAAAUUAAUUGUAUCCGAUAGUUUUACCUUACAUCCAUCAUUUCUACAGCCUACACAUAUAGUGGAUAUAAUUUUAGAAGCAUGGUCUGAUCAGUGUAAUUCAAAGCAACAUCAAACUUUACAAACACUGAUUUUAUGCAGUUUAAUGGAUCAUUUCUUAGCCACAGAUAUACUAAAUGAUGAAUCAUUAUGUGUUGGACCCAAUGGAAAUAUUGAAUAUAUUCCAGCUAACUUAAUAUAUUUUUCUGCACGUAUUGUUGAUAAGUUGUGGCAGGGUUGUUUUAAUAAAGAAGUAAAUCAUGUCAUAGACUUUUUGAUCCAUCUUAUCACUUAUUGGCCAGAUCAGUCUACCACAAUUGUUUCUUCAUCUACAACGACGGCAGAAACUAAUAAACUUGAACAUCAUUCAGUCAGUAAUAAUCACAAUAACUUAUUGGCUAGUAAAUUCACAAUCCAUUCAUUAUAUCGUAGUUUAAAUCGUACUAUACUUUAUCAAUUAUCUCGGCCGAUUCUUACAAAUGCUGAUCAGUUACAAAUAAUUAAUUUAUUGAACCGAUUAAAUAAUACUUCAGUACAAUGUACUAGUAAUAAUAUAACAAAUAUUAAUCCUAUAGAAGAAUUGAAUCUAGAUAUUAAUCGUGGUUAUAUUGAGAUUGAUCAACUUCGGCCUACUGCUACACAUUGUCAUGAGCACAUUCCAUUGAUAUUUAAUUCAAUCAAUGAAGAUAUUGAAUUUCCAGCGUGUUUAGUUCACUUGUUAAUUCAACUUAUACACCUAAAUGAUGAACACGAUGAAAGUUUAGGCAAUGUGACAGAUUAUUCAAAUAAUUCAACAUCAGUGAUUAAUAAAUCUUCGACCCUGAGUCAAAUUUCUUCAAUUACUUCAUGUACAAAAACUGAUCAUGACAGUUCAAAUAAUAAUAGUAAUGAUAAUGAUAAUAAUAAUCUUCCAAUUGAAUCAUCUUCUGUUAAUUAUUAUCAUACGACAUUUGGAUUUGAUGAAUUAGACAAUAAUUUUGAUGAUACAAUCUUAUCUUCAUCAAAUGUGACAACGGGAACAGAGAAUAAUACCGUAAUUCCAGCAUCAAAACAACGACUAUCCUCAUCAUCUACAAUAACAACAUCAGUAAAUAAACAAUUCACAAAUUUUCACUUAGGCAAUAAUGAAUUACUUAAUGACAGUACAAGUACUACUUUGAAUUAUUCAAAAUCUUCAAAUGUAAAUAGUAGACAACAGUCUGAUCAAAUAAUUGGUAAUUAUACAAAAGAAAUUGUUCUAGCUGCUUUAACACUUUGGUCGAAAUGUUAUUUAGCUAAAAAAUCAGUACUUGCAAAACUUGUCCCAGAAGCUCCAUUAAUUAGUGGUUUAUCUGUACCUUCACUUAAUGAUUGGACUACAAUCCUUGAAGGUCCAUGUUUAAUUGCUUGGGCACAACAUGUUGAUUGUGAAGCGGCAGGAUUAGGUGGUAUUUCUUCUAACAAUUUAUGGGGUCGUAUUCCUGGUACUCCAUUUUAUGUUUUAAAUAUGAUAAAACAGGAAAAUUUUCCACCUACAUCUGUUGCAACAACGACUACCGGAUCUGCUUCAACCUCAUCAGGAUUACAACACCAAAUUUCAAUGAAAUUGAGUAAAGUUUCAGGAAAUGUGUUUAAACUAGGCUCUAGUUCUCAUUCAGGUUCUCUGACCAACCAAACUAAUAUGAAUGAACAAAUAUCUAGAUCCAACAUGAAUACAAAUACAUCACUUGUCAAUAAUAAUAUACAAAUUAACUAUUUGAGUCAACCUAAUGGUACUGGUUUCCGAAUGAUUCAAGAAAAUGCUGUGGAGGCUAUACAAUUAUGGGCUCCGAAUCAACUAAAUUUCAUUCACGAACUACUUGAUCAACAAAAAACACAAUUUUAUCAAAAUUUAUCUUUUAAUCAGCGUCAUCUUGAAAUUGAAUGGGAAAAAAUUGAAAACGAACUGACAAGAGAACGCGGUCUAUGGGGCAGAGUUACACCGGAUCCUUUAGCUAAAUGGGAACUAGACCCAACUGAAGGUCCUUUAAGAAUGAGAAAGCGUAUGAUUUUGAAUAAAUCAUUCAAUUCACGUUAUCCUUACUUACCAAGUUAUUUAACGCGUCUAUUGCUUCGUUCUCCAAAUCGUGAUAAUUAUUAUCCGUAUACAUCAACACUAACCAAAACGCGAAAGCCGCGUAGUCGUGAUAGUAAACUUUAUUUCCUUAAUUACAAGUCAAAAAGUUUACUUCAUGAAGAUUACGGUCCUUUAACGCCAUGGUUACAACUUAGCAAAUCUAUGAAACUGGAAGAAAUCAUUGACAUUUUAGAGGAGGCAGACAAUAAUGCAACAAGCCAAACAUCACAGCCUAGUGAAUCAUGUUUUGAUGGCCCCGUUUCAACUGAUAUUGAUCAACAACAAAAACAUACAGAUGAUGACGAUAGUUUGAACUGUUGUACAACAGUAACACCAGAUUCUGAAUUUACUGAAUUAAGUCAGUCGUUGGAUCCAGAGAGUUUGGAAUUAUCAUUACAAAAAACAGCUUCAUUAAUUCGUUCAACACGAAAUUCUGUAUGCGUUGAUCCACAUCUGCGUAGAAAUGAUGAUCUUGACGAAUUAGUGACUGUUUCAACGCAAUCAUUUGUUGAAGAACCGGAUGAAUUCAAUUCAUAUUGUGAUAUUGUUGAUGACGUCGAUUCAUCAUCAUCAUCGUCAUCAUCUAAACAACAAUUAGAUCAAUCUGACGAUAUUCGUUGUUCACCAAAUCUAAAUACUAAACAUCAGCAGCAGUCACAUUUAAUAAAAGAUACUUCAAAUAUCAAUAUACAUAAUAAUACCACUACAAGCAGUAAUGCUACUAAUACUACUAAUACUUAUCAAAAUGUUAUAAAGGAUAUACCAAAUCCUAUGAAUAAUUUUAUUGGUACUAAUGAAGAUAAAUUAGCUGGUCAUGAAGCUAUCUUACGUUUAUUAGAACCUGGUGAAAGAUUACAUGUUAUGUAUCGUUGUGCACGUAUAUUAGGUUUAGAUAUAUAUGAAGGUUUAUUAUUAUUUGGUAAAGCUCAUUUCUAUGUUAUUGAUGGUUAUACGUUGAUAAAUACACGUGAAAUAGUUGCGAUCGAUUCAUUACCAUCAAAUAUUAUUCAUGAACCAAUUGUACCAUGUGCUUUAGUUGGUACAAUGGCAACAAAAAAAAGCAAUAAUAAUAAUACUUUGACUCGAUCAUCUUUUACGCGUUCAAAUAUGAGUUCAACAGAUUUAUGGAGUUCCGGAGCUGUUAGUCAAAUAGCUGGAAAACAAUAUUUCAAAUUUCCAUAUGAAAAUAUUCAAGAAGUACACAAACGACGUUAUUUACUUCAUCCAAUCGCAUUAGAAGUGUUUAAUUCGGAUGGGCGUAAUUUUUUGCUGGCAUUUAGUAAAGGUUUACAAAAUAAAGUUUAUGAAUGCUUUCAAAAUGCAGCAUCUGCAAAUUCUGAUUUCAAUCAACAGAAAAGCUCUCAAAGUUUUUUCAGCAGUUUACUUGGUGUAAAAUCAGUAGUCCAACGAUGGGAACACGGGGAAUUGAGUAAUUUCGAAUACUUAAUGUAUUUAAAUACACAAGCUGGUCGCUCAUAUAAUGAUCUCAUCCAGUAUCCUGUAUUUCCAUGGGUACUUGCUGAUUAUGAAUCUGAGGAAUUAGAUCUGUCAAGACCAGAGACAUUUCGUGAUUUAUCGAAGCCGAUGGGUGCACAAACACCUGAUCGUCUAGCUCAAUUCCAACGUCGUUUUAAAGAAUGGGAUGAUCCUACUGGAGAAACACCACCAUAUCAUUAUGGUACACACUAUUCAUCUGCUAUGAUUGUAGCAUCUUAUCUCUUUCGAAUGGAGCCUUUUGCACAACACUUCCUCAAGCUUCAGGGUGGUCAUUUCGAUUUACCCGAUAGAAUGUUUCAUAGUGUUCGAGAUACUUGGAUUAGUGCAAGCCGACAUAAUAUGGCAGAUGUACGUGAAUUAAUACCCGAAUUUUUCUAUUUACCUGAUUUUCUUAUCAAUUCAAAUCAUUUUGAAAUGGGAAUUAAACAGAAUGGUGUUGAAGUGAAUAAUGUAGUAUUACCACCAUGGGCUAAGUCUGAUCCACGUGAAUUUAUACGUGUUCAUCGUGAGGCUUUAGAGAGUGAAUAUGUAUCAGCACAUUUACAUGAAUGGAUUGAUUUAAUUUUUGGUUAUAAACAACAAGGUGAACAUGCAAUACAAGCAGCUAAUGUUUUUCAUUAUUUAUUCUACGAAGGUAAUGUCGAUAUCUAUUCUAUAGAUGAUCCAUUGAAACGUUCUGCUGUAAUUGGUUUUAUUAAUAAUUUUGGUCAAAUACCAAAACAAUUAUUUAAAAAACCACAUCCAUGUCGACGUGUGAUUAUUCCACGUCCAUCUACACGCUUUUUUAGUUCAGCAAUAGGAUUUAAUUCUGGUAGUCAAUUAGCAUGUGAAUUAUUCUAUCGAAAUCUUGAUAUUUUAAGACCUAGUCUUCAACCUAUUAAAGAAUUAAAACAUGCAGUUGGUCAAAUUGUACAGUUAGAUCCACAAUUUAUACCGAGCGGUACAAAUAUGAAUAUGAUGAAUACAGGAGCUACAGUGAAUCGUCCUUUACUUAGCUUAAACAUAAAUUCAGAUAAUCUGAAUUAUGAUAAUGUUAAUUUUACUGGGAAUAGCAAUUUAGGAAUAAGUUCCGGAGGUGGUUAUCAAACAUCGACUACAACUUUAAUUGGUGGACCAGUUGUUGCAGUUGAACAAAAUAAAUGUCUUUUACCACCAAAUUAUACACAUUAUCUUGCAUGGGGUUUUACAGAUGGGAGUUUACGUUUAGGCUCUUUAUUCGAUGCCAAUGAACGUGCACGAUGUAUAUUUGAGAUGGUUGAUCAAAAUGAAAUAUUAUGUUGUACAUCACCAAAUAGGCAUACGAUUAUUACAGCUGGAUUAAGUACUGUAGUACGUGUGUGGUUUCUUAAUUCUCAUGAGGUUGGCAAUAAUAUGGCAAGUUCAAAUAAUCCUUCCAGUGUUGGAAUGGUAUCAGGUUUGUCAUCAUCAGUCUACGCAUGUCAGUCUUUUGGAGAUUCGCGUCUUAAACUUCGUGCAACACUUUAUGGACAUACCGAUGCUAUAACUUGCCUAACUGCAUCUGAUUCAUUCAAUCUUAUUGUUAGUGGAAGUCGUGAUAGAAGUUGUAUAUUAUGGGAUUUAAGUCGUUUAUGCUUUUUAAGACAAUUACCUAAUCAUAUUGCACCGAUUGCAGCUAUUUGUAUCAAUGAAGCUACAGGUGAUAUUGUAAGUUGUGCUGGUACACAAUUAUAUUUGUGGAAUUGUAAUGGUGAACCAAUUGCUUCAAUUGAUACACCAGUUGGCCGUAAUAAACAAAUUCUUUGUGUUUGUAUGAGUACACUUUAUGAUUGGGAUGCUGAGAAUGUUAUUUUAACCGGUAGUUCAGAUGGUGUAGUACGAAUGUGGUGCUUGAAACAUGUUUACUCUACAGAUAAUGAUAGCGAUGCAGUUGACAAAAACAUCUUGAAUGCUAAUCGAAUUGAUAAUAGUGGUAAUCAAGAGGAGAUUUCCCCUGUUAAUCCAUCAGAUGAAAACACUGUAGAUGAAUCUCGAACCAAAGAUUUAUCGACUUUAUCAUUAGAUUCAUCUGACAGUAUUGAUUCUCCUUGUUUGUCUACCGAUUUAACGUCGAAGAGAAUAAUUCGGAAAGAUUCCAAUGUUAAGAAAUGGUCUCGAGUUCUAGUAUUUCGCAGUAAACUUACCAUGCAUACAGCUUAUGAACGUUCCGAUAAUAAGUCUCCAGCUGAUAUUACAGCCUUAGCAAUAUCUCGAGAUCAUCGUUCCGUCCUAGUUGGUGAUGCUAUCGGUCGAGUAUUUGUUUGGUCUGUACCAUCAGAUAAUUCUCGUGGCGGUAUGACUGAUCAAUGGGUUAAGGAUGAAGGAGCUACAAAUUGUGCAGCUGAUGGUUGUGGAACACGAUUCUCGUUAACUGAAAGAAAACAUCAUUGUCGAAAUUGUGGCAAAGUAUUUUGUUCAAAAUGUAGUCGAUUUGAGAGUGAAAUAUAUCGACUAAGGUUGUUUAAACCAGUUCGAGUUUGUCAGUCAUGUCAUAAUGUAUUAAAAUUAAUUCAAGCACCACAAAAUCGUGAAGUAAUUCCAUCUUCUUAA